AUGGAUACCGAAAUGGAAAAUAUUAGUUUUCGUACGUCAGCUGCUGCAGGUAGUGGCGGUAGCGGUGCAGCUAGCAUAGUUGCUAUUGCUGUUCCGAGUGGAGGUAAUCGUGAUAGCGGUAGUGCCGUUGCCGUUACUGGUGGUGGUUACUCUGUUCAGAGAGGUAUAGUUGGAUACGGAAGUGCUGUUAGCUGCGGAGAUAGUUGUGAAGGUGGCAUUGGCCGUGAAGGUGCCAUUGGUUGUGGAGGUGCCGUUCAUCGUGGAGGUGCUGUUGGUCGUGGAGGUACUGUUGGUCACAGAAAAGCUGUUGGUCAUGGAGGUGCUGUUAGUCGUGGCGGUACUAUCGGUCAUAGAGAAGCUAUUGGUUGUGGAGGUGCCGUUGGUCGUGGAGGUGCUUUUGGUCACGGAGAAUCAAUUGGUCAUGGAGGUGGCAUUGGUCAUGGAGGUGCUUGUGGUCACGGAGAUGCCGUUGGUCGUGGAGGUGCUGAAGACCAAGAGGUAUUGCUGCUGGACGAGCACGAGGACGCCAUCGUCAAAAUGUUUUAA